CAUCAAGACACUUCGAGACCGCACGGCCAUCGCCUACCUAAUCAUUAUACCAGCAUCUCAACUCCACGCCAGUAUCAAUCAACUCGAGCGCGGCUUGCGACCACUCGAACCCGCCGCCGGCUUGCCAAUCGCUUCACCUCUUCAUGCAAUAGCUCUCCUACGCGUGUAGCUGUCGCUACGGAUCGAGAUGGAUUAUUCAGAAGAGAAUUCGGGCAUGCGCACAUCGCAGGCGCGCCAACUAAGUCGAAUCCCCUCUCCAGGAAAAGGUCUCUCUGAGAUCUCCGACUCGCAAAGCAAUGCGCGCUCGAAGCAUCCCUCCAAGAUGCCCCAGCCGACUUCUAUAAAACACAAAAUAGGACCAUCAUUCAAUGAACCGGAAGCUAAACGCAAAACACUCGCCGAGAGAGCAGGAGAGCCAAGGUCAAUCGCAGUUGCCGCACCGAGUUCACGGCCUGUUGUGAAGGGUACAUCACUCGCUGGCGCAGUAAAGAGCGGUCUGACUCGCAAUCAGUCAUUCUCGUCUUCAGUUUCAUCAAAGGCACCUUCUGCCUCGUCUCGGCACACAUCUAAUAGCAGCUUUUCGAGUAGUGUUGGUCCUGGAUCACGACCCGUCUCAGCAUACCAUAUCCCUCGGCCACAAACUUCGAUGGCCUUCAAUAGAUCUGCAAUUGCGCGACCCCUCUCAACCGUGACUUCUCGCCCAGCAACAUCGAUGGGGAACAACUCAGAAGAUGACGAUAUAUCAAUACAAGGCAGACGAAAGGGUCGUCCAACAAAAAGAGCAUCAAGCGAUCUCCAGAAGUGUCAAGCCGCCAUCAACUCCAAAAAUACGUCACAAGACUUCAAUCAGUACGGGCCUACGGAAUUUGAGGAUCAAUAGUGCA